GAGGCACUGCCUGACUAAACGACCGAGUGCCCGACACUCCCAAUCCGCGUCUACAAAUCCCGUUUGCCAAGACCUCGGCGCGUGUUUGCCACAAAAGACAGUGAUUUUUCCCCAUUUACAAAAACCGGAAACUGGAAAGUGCGGCUCCCGAAAUUUAGCAUGACUGUUGCAGUGUUUCUGAGCGGUGCACCCCAUUAAUGUGGCUCCUGUGAUAGCAAUCGCGCGAAAUCCGCACCACUUUGCCCGCACCACCAGGCGAAAACGAUUAUAAACUACCGACCGUUCCAGGGGCAGGAUGCGCCGCUUGAAUGAUUGACCGUCUUCAGAUUCGUCGCUUGGGUGCAGCUGCUAGAAACAAACGCGCAGGAGGCGUAGGCGGAGGAGGAGGAGGAGGAGGAGCCGGAGCCGGAGGAGGAGGACCCGGAGGAGGAGGCGGAGGGGCGGUACCGGGAGCGGCAGGUGCGGUAUCGGGAGUGGCAACUGGAGCAGCAGCUGGUGCAGGAGCGGCCCCUGUCGGCGGACCAAGCGGAAGCGGUGGCCACCAGCACCACCACCCGCAUCCGUACUCCACGAGCGGCAUCAACACGCCGGCGACGGCCAGCACCAGUUCCUCCAGCGGCAACAGCUUGACGCCGCAGCAGCAGCAGCACCACCAGCCCCACCCGCAUCCCCACGGACCCCACCACUUCGGCCACCAGCAGCAGCAGCAGCAGCAACAUCCACUCUUGCACCAGCACCACCAUCCGCACUCCCACCACCCACAUCCGCACCACCCACACCCGCAUCCCCACCAGCCCACGCAUCCGCAUCCGCACCUGCGCCACUCGCAGCCGGCGUCCGCCAGCCAGUUCAGCUUCAAUCCCUCGCCGGGCAGCAGUCCUGGCAACGGACUGGGUCUGGGCGCUCGCCAGGAUGCGGCCAGUGCACUCAAUAGUCCCACGACCAUUGUGAACUCCGGAAGCGGCAGCGGCGGCGGCAGCAGCGUGGCCUUCGGGAUGCAGCCGCAGCAGCAGCAGCAGCAGUCCCUGGCCGGGGGCUCCUCCACCACGGCAGCCCCAUCCUCGGGCGGUGGUCACAACAAUGGCGCCGGAUUGGGAUCGACGAUUGGCGGGGGAGGCGUCGGAGGAGGCGGCGGUGGCGGGCUCAAUCUUCUGGGAGGAUUGGGCGGCAUGGGCGGAAUGGGCGGCGGAGCGGCUGCCGCCGGAAUGGGCAUCUGCGGCGGCAUCAGCAGCACCGUGGGCAGUGCCGCCAUCACCGGAGUGCCGCCCAUCGGACUGGGCAUUGCCACCGGGAUCGGGAACAAGAUCAUGCUCGGACGCAAGCAGAGCCUCAAGGGCGGCGAACCCUUCCUGGCCGACUACGGACCGGAGGAGUCGCUCAACGAGAGCGCCGACAUCGAGUGGGUGAACAAGCUGUGGGUGCGCCGCCUGAUGCGCCUCUGCGCCCUCGUCUCCCUGACCUCCGUCUCCCUGAACACUCCCAAGACCUUCGAGCGGUACCCCUCGCUGCAGUUCAUCACCUUCGCCUCGGACACGGCCGUCACGCUGCUCUUCACCGCCGAGAUGAUCGCCAAGAUGCACAUCCGGGGCGUCCUCCAUGGUGAGGUGCCUUAUCUAAAAGAUCACUGGUGCCAGUUUGAUGCUUCCAUGGUCAGCUUCUUGUGGAUAUCGAUCAUUCUGCAAAUAUUCGAGGUGCUCGAGAUAGUUCCCAAGUUUUCCUAUUUGUCUAUUAUGAGAGCCCCUCGACCCCUGAUCAUGAUUCGCUUCCUACGAGUCUUCCUGAAAUUCAGUAUGCCAAAAAGUCGGAUCAACCAAAUAUUCAAACGUUCGAGCCAGCAAAUUUACAAUGUGACACUGUUCUUCCUUUUCUUCAUGUCCCUGUACGGUUUACUUGGGGUUCAGUUCUUCGGUGAACUAAAAAAUCACUGUGUCAUGAAUAAUACGGAAUACGAUAUUCUAAAAAGACCGAUUCUAACGAUCAACUCGCUCGCCAUCCCGGACACGUUCUGCUCGAUGGACCCCGACUCCGGGUACCAGUGCUCGCCGGGAAUGCGCUGCAUGAAGAUGGACUUCCUCAGCAGCUACGUGAUCGGGUUCAACGGGUUCGAGGACAUCGCGACGAGCAUCUUCACCGUGUACCAGGCGGCCUCGCAGGAGGGCUGGGUGUUCAUCAUGUACCGGGCGAUAGACUCGCUGCCGGCGUGGCGGGCGGCCUUCUACUUCAGCACGAUGAUCUUCUUCCUGGCGUGGCUGGUGAAGAACGUGUUCAUAGCGGUGAUCACGGAGACCUUCAACGAGAUCCGAGUACAGUUCCAGCAGAUGUGGGGGGCGCGGGGGCACAUCCAGAAGACGGCCGCCUCGCAGAUCCUCAGCGGCAACGACUCCGGCUGGCGACUGGUGACCAUCGAUGACAACAAGCACGGCGGCCUGGCGCCGGAGACGUGCCACGCGAUCCUGCGGUCGCCCUACUUCCGCAUGCUGGUGAUGAGCGUGAUCCUGGCCAACGGCAUUGUGACGGCCACCAUGACCUUCAAGCACGACGGUCGGCCGCGGGACGUGUUCUACGAGCGGUACUACUACAUCGAGCUGGUCUUCACCUGCCUGCUCGACCUGGAGACGCUCUUCAAGAUCUACUGCCUGGGCUGGCGGGGCUACUACAAGCACUCGAUCCACAAGUUCGAGCUGCUCCUCGCAGCGGGCACCACCCUGCACAUCGUGCCCAUGUUCUAUCCCUCGGGGCUAACCUAUUUCCAGGUGCUGCGGGUGGUCAGGCUGAUCAAGGCAUCGCCGAUGCUGGAGGGAUUCGUCUACAAGAUCUUUGGGCCGGGGAAGAAACUCGGAUCGCUCAUUAUCUUCACCAUGUGCCUGCUGAUCAUCAGCUCGAGCAUCUCGAUGCAGCUGUUCUGCUUCCUGUGCGACUUCACCAAGUUCGAGUCCUUCCCGGAGGCCUUCAUGAGCAUGUUCCAGAUCCUCACCCAGGAGGCCUGGGUGGAGGUGAUGGACGAGACGAUGAUCCGGACCAGCAAGACCCUCACCCCGCUGGUGGCAGUCUACUUCAUUCUGUACCAUUUGUUCGUCACCCUCAUCGUGCUCAGUCUGUUCGUGGCGGUGAUCCUCGACAAUCUGGAGCUGGACGAGGACAUCAAGAAGCUGAAGCAGCUCAAGUUCCGCGAGCAGAGCGCCGAGAUCAAGGAGACGCUGCCCUUCCGCCUGCGCAUCUUCGAGAAGUUCCCGGACUCGCCGCAGAUGACCAUCCUGCACCGCAUCCCCAACGACUUCAUGCUGCCCAAGGUGCGCGAGAGCUUCAUGAAGCACUUCGUCAUCGAGCUGGAGACGGAGGACUCGCUGGUCGAGAACUGCAAGCGCCCCAUGUCCGAGUGCUGGGAGUCCAACGUGGUCUUCCGCAAGCAGAAGCCCGUCCGGAUCAUGAACAAGACGGCCAAGGUGCGCGCCGCCGGCAGUAGUCUCCGCAAACUGGCCAUCACGCACAUCAUCAACGACAGCAACAACCAGCGGCUGAUGCUGGGCGACUCGGCCAUGCUGCCCGUGGUGGGGACGAAGGGUGGUGGCGGACUGAAGUCGCAGGGCACCAUCACCCACUCGAAGCCGUGGCGCGUCGACCAGAAGAAGUUCGGCUCCCGCUCCAUCCGUCGCAGCGUGCGCUCCGGUUCUAUCAAGCUGAAGCAGACGUACGAGCACCUGAUGGAGAACGGCGACAUCGCCGCCGCUCCACGGGCCAACUCCGGACGAGCCCGUCCCCAUGACCUGGACAUCAAGCUGCUGCAGGCAAAGCGGCAGCAGGCGGAGAUGCGGCGCAACCAGCGGGAGGAGGAUCUGCGCGAGAACCACCCCUUCUUCGACACGCCGCUGUUCCUGGUGCCGCGCGAGAGUCGCUUCCGGAAGAUCUGCCAGAAGAUCGUCCACGCGCGCUACGAUGCCAGGCUCAAGGACCCGCUGACCGGCAAGGAGCGCAAGGUCCAGUACAAGAGCCUCCACAACUUCCUGGGGCUAGUCACAUACCUGGACUGGGUUAUGAUAUUUGCGACGACGCUAUCGUGCAUCUCGAUGAUGUUCGAGACACCCAAUUACCGGGUGAUGGAUCAUCCGACGCUGCAGAUCGCCGAGUACGGGUUCGUUAUUUUCAUGAGCCUGGAGCUGGCGCUGAAGAUCCUGGCCGACGGCCUGUUCUUUACGCCGAAGGCUUACAUCAAGGAUGUGGCGGCCGCCCUGGAUGUGUUCAUCUAUGUGGUGUCCACCUCGUUCUUGUGCUGGAUGCCCCUGAAAAUACCAACCAACUCGGCGGCCCAGCUUCUGAUGAUCCUGCGCUGCGUGCGUCCGCUGCGAAUCUUCACACUGGUGCCGCACAUGCGGAAGGUGGUCUACGAGCUGUGCCGGGGCUUUAAGGAGAUCCUGCUCGUAUCCACCCUGCUCAUCCUCCUGAUGUUCAUCUUCGCCAGCUACGGCGUCCAACUAUACGGCGGUCGUCUGGCCCGCUGCAAUGAUCCCACGAUCCCGAGGCGGGAGGACUGCGUUGGUGUCUUCAUGCGACGCGUGUUCGUCACCAAAAUGAAGCUGACCCCGGGUCCCGACGAGUCCUAUCCGGCGAUGCUGGUGCCACGGGUGUGGGCCAAUCCGCGGCGCUUCAACUUCGACAACAUCGGGGACGCCAUGCUUACGCUCUUCGAGGUGCUGUCCUUCAAGGGUUGGUUGGAUGUGCGCGAUGUCCUGAUCAAGGCCGUGGGUCCGGUGCAUGCCGUCUAUAUCCACAUAUACAUUUUCUUGGGCUGCAUGAUCGGCCUGACGUUGUUCGUGGGCGUGGUCAUUGCCAACUAUUCGGAGAACAAGGGCACCGCCCUGCUGACCGUCGACCAGAGGCGCUGGUGUGACCUCAAGAAGCGUCUGAAGAUCGCCCAGCCGCUCCACCUCCCACCCAGACCGGAUGGCCGCAAGAUCAGGGCCUUCACCUACGACAUCACCCAGCACAUUAUCUUCAAGCGGGUCAUCGCUGUGGUGGUUCUGAUCAACAGUAUGCUGCUCUCCAUCACGUGGAUCAAGGGAGAGGUGCAUACGGAACGCCUGGUGAUCGUCAGUGCGGUAUUGACCUUUGUCUUUGUGGUUGAGGUGGUGAUGAAGAACAUUGCCUUUACACCGCGCGGCUAUUGGCAAUCUAGGCGCAAUCGCUAUGACCUCCUCGUCACCGUUGCCGGUGUGAUUUGGAUCAUUUUGCAGACCAUUCUGCGGAACGAUCUGUCCUACUUCUUCGGCUUCAUGGUCGUCAUCCUGCGCUUCUUCACCAUCACCGGCAAGCACACCACACUGAAGAUGCUUAUGUUGACCGUGGGCGUGUCUGUAUGCAAGUCCUUCUUCAUUAUCUUUGGCAUGUUUCUGCUAGUCUUCUUCUAUGCGCUGGCCGGGACUAUUCUGUUCGGCACCGUCAAGUAUGGCGAGGGCAUCGGCAGGCGGGCCAAUUUCGGGUCACCCGUCACCGGGGUGGCCAUGCUCUUCCGGAUCGUCACCGGCGAGGACUGGAACAAGAUCAUGCACGACUGCAUGGUCCGGCCGCCGUACUGCACCCUCGGCAACAACUAUUGGGAGACGGACUGCGGGAACUUCACCGCAAGCCUCAUCUACUUCUGCACCUUCUACGUCAUCAUCACGUACAUUGUGCUCAACUUGCUUGUGGCUAUUAUCAUGGAGAACUUUUCCCUGUUCUACUCCAACGAAGAGGAUGCACUGCUUUCGUAUGCGGACAUACGUAACUUCCAGAACACCUGGAACAUUGUGGACAUCCAUCAGCGGGGAGUGAUUCCCGUGCGCCGGGUGAAGUUCAUUCUGCGCCUGCUGAAAGGACGACUCGAGUGCGAUCCCCAGAAGGAUCGGCUUCUGUUCAAGUACAUGUGCUAUGAGCUGGACAAGCUGCACAACGGCGAGGAUGUGACCUUCCACGAUGUUAUCAACAUGCUGAGCUACCGCUCUGUGGACAUUCGCAAGGCUUUGCAGCUGGAGGAGCUCUUGGCUCGCGAGGAGUUCGAGUACCUGGUGGAGGAGGAGGUGGCCAAGAUGACCAUUCGCACCUGGCUGGAGGGGUGCCUAAAAAAGAUUCGGGCCCAAAAUGCUAGCAAGCAGCAAAACUCGUUGAUCGCCGGCCUGCGGGCCACCAACGAGCAGCCCGUGAUGCGGCCAAAUGUGCAGGAGGACAAGGCGCCGUUGGGGGCGGCGGACAAGUCGGCGAUCAGCACGAUCAGCGGGGCGGUGGCGGGCGCCUGUCCGCCCACCAGCGACGCCUUCUCGCCGACCUUCAGCUCGACGGAGAACGAGGAGAAGGACGGCAGCAGCAGUGCCGUGGUGCUGCCCCACUCGGAGCCAGCGAUCCCCGGAACGGGAGUACCACCGCCAGCCGGCGGCGGAGGAGGAGUAGGAGCUGGCCCGGCUGUGGCCACCGCCCGCCAUGUGAUGGCAGUGGGCAAGCGGGGCUAUGCCCUCAACCGAUCCGACUCGACGGGCAGCUCGGCGGGCCGGAAGUUCCUGGCGCCCACCUCCAGCGAUCCCCAGCAGCGCUCCACGCUGAGCGACAAGGAGCGGCUGCACAUCAGCAGCCAGCAGCGCAAGAAGAACUCGAUGACCACGCUGCCGCAUGCCGGGCAACUGGGCCAGCUGGCCAAGCAGCGGGGCGGGGGCGGCGAGGGUGGCAAAUCGGCCAGCUUCUUUGCCCAGGUGAACAGCGAGAUUGGCCAGUUCCACUAUCCGACAAUAAACGCCGCCUCAGCCGCCGCCGCCCUGCAUGGCUAUGGUGGUCAUGGUGGACACGGUGGUCACGGUGGCCACGGGCACGGACACCUGCACGGACAUGGCGGGGAGCACCACCAGCAGCUGCAGCAGCACCACCACCACGGCGCCCUGGGCAGCCCCUCGGCCAUGAUGAGCCAGAUGAUCGGGGGCAGCGGGAAGCUGCUGCCGUUCAACAACCAGGCCAAUGCCGUCUACGAGGUGCACGACUGGUGGCAGGAGCAGGUGCUCUGUCCGCAGACCAGCGAUGACGAGAUCUAGCAAUGGGCUAGGUUGGGACGUGGGUGGGUUAAGUGCAGCCGGAAAUACCGCAGGGGAGCCUAUUGAACAUUAUCAACAACUAGUGGCCUAGAACUUUUUUGUAUAUGCCUAAUAACUGUAAAUGUAUCGGCCUCACAAUUAACGGUUAACAAUUCUAACGAGUAUAGCGAUAGUUUAGCACUGGUAAAAAUGUAACAGAGAUCGGGCAACCAUUAGUUUUACGUUUUUGUUGUUGUUUGCGUGCUAGAUGGUAAUAUGAUCAGUCAGUCGGUAACUUUGUUAUAGCUUAAAUAUAUAAAAGAAAUAUAUAUUAUAUAUAUGUAUAUGAGUAUAUCGCAUAUGGAUUGCAUAUGUCUUACGUAUAGUGCAAAUUUAUAAGCGCGCUGCCUCACCAACGGAGCAUUCAAUUUUGUAAGUUGCCAACAAAAAUUAAGUAGCUAACGAAUAUAGUAAUGCCAAACCGGAAACCAAAUAAGAAUCUCAUACCAAUUUGAACUAGCCAACUUUAUACCAAAUAGUAGAAGUAGACAAAGACAGAAGACACGAAGCCAUGAGCAGACACCAAAUAGAGAGAGAUGCCUAUUAAGAUAUUUUGAGAUUAGCCAAAGAACUCAGCACAAAUUAAUAUUAAAGUUAUUACUACGAGUAUAGCCAAAGCCCCAUUCAAUGCGACCUCCCCCUUCCAAUGCGAAGCGUAAUAAAAAUCGUUGAAAUUGCA